UCUUUCUUUCACACUAUCAACUUUUCCUUCAUAACCCUAGAUUUUCUCCAAUGAACGGAGAGCCGAGGCCCGAUUGGUAUUUUGGCUCAAUGGACUGAUUACCUCUUUUUCUUGCUCCAAUGAACGGAGCGCCGAAUGGUAUUUGCUCAAUGGUCUUGCGUUUGUAGCCGGCAGCUUUGAGAAAUAGUGACAGCGGAAGCGAGAUUCGAUCUUGGCUAGAGUUGGAUUUGUUGUUAGUAUCUUUUGGAUCUUGAAAACGAAGUUUAUCACUGGCGCCAACUUUCCUCCCAAUCCAUCCAGCAAAUGUCAGUUGGGCUAAUCUCCCACCAAACCCAACUAUUAAUCCACUACCCAAAUCAGAUCUCCCAUCAUCCUCCCCAACUCACCCUUCCAAACCUCGUUCUCUCCCACAGACCAAUCCACCACCACCCAUUAAUAGCCAAGUCCCAACAGAUCCACCACUCCUCCCCCACAACCAAGACCCAAGACGACGGGAUUCCUAUCGAGGACGUCAAAAUCCUCGCCAGGUUCAAGUCCAGACAUAAUUACAUUCGCGUCCUUGAAGUCUCCAGAAAAGCCGACCACCCUUUCGCAGGCUCGAGGCUGCUGCUCCUGGACGGCCCUGGAAAUAUCCACAGCAUCUCUUUUUUGUUCAAGAAAUCUCUCACAAGCACUUACUUCGAUGUGUUUGCCACCUUGCCGCCCAUCUUGCCGCCCGGACCCGUGGGAAUUCUCGGGUUCGGAGCAGGUUCAUCCGCGCGUUUGUGCCUAGAGUUGUACCCAGAAUUGGUUGUUCAUGGAUGGGAGCUUGACCCUUCUGUGAUUGCGGUGGGGAGAGAGUUUUUUGGGCUUGCGGAGCUUGAGAAACAACACCCAAAUAGGCUUUUCGUUUACGUUGGCAAUGCGCUGAAAGCCAGUGUUCGAGAUGGGUUAUCGGGGAUCUUUGUGGAUUUGUUUAGCAAAGGUAGUCUGAUUCCGGAGCUUCAGGAUCCGAACACUUGGGAGAAGCUUUCCAAAUGUUUGAGGAAAGGUGGGAGAGUGAUGGUUAAUGUUGGGGGUAGUUGUGUGGAGGCCGAGGACUCGCGGAUAGAUGGGAAGGUUACUAUGCAGGAGUCUUUGAAGGCGAUGCAAAGGGUUUUCGGCAACAAGCUUUUCGUUUUGAGCCUCGGGAAUAGGAAGGAUGAUAGCUCCAUUGCUCUUACUGGUGAUUUGCCGAAUCUUGACUCGUGGAAGAAGGCACUUCCUCGUUCUUUGAGGUGUUAUGUUGAUAUGUGGACACCCUUUCGCGAUUAAUAUGGCUGCCAAGAAGAUCGCUGAUAAGCUCGCAAAAGAUUUCCAGUCUGUUCUUAAAGAAUUUCAGAAGGCUGCGACUGAGAGGGAAACAAA